AUGUGGGACGUCGACUGGUCCGACGUUUCUAUCGAAAAGGUUGGGGAGAGACGAGCGCGCAAGGGAAUCGAAAGAAACUCAAAGAGGGAGGAUGUUCAGAGCGUACAUGGGUCAACAGGCAGCCGCCCCUCCUCGACUGAAGAGCGACCAGCCAUGAGCCUCUUUGAAUCCAUGGGCUUGAAGCGCAACAGCAUGUCAAUGAAGAACAAGAGGAAGGACACAUUGCAGCCAGAAACGACAAAGGACGAUGGCAAAUCAAGACGGACAUCUCUGCUGGCUGCUGCGGUUUCGGCCCUGGGCAAUACAAACCGGUCGUCGACUGUGUCUGACAAGUCUCUCAGACUGCAGACCACGCUCACAGAAAAGGACAUUGUAGAAGACACCACCACGGUAACAAGUGGGAGCUGGGGGGCGCCAACGGAUAGAUCAUCCAAAGGUAUGGUUUCUGGGAAACCCACACCAUUCCAAUUGCCAACACCGGCAGUGCUAAUGUGUCCCCCAGAGUCAAUGCUCUCCAAGUCCACUGCCCUAACAACGCCGUCUCUGGACUUUCAGGGGGAAGGAACGAUGGGAGAUGUGCUUGCAUCAGAGGCACAAAAGCCCGUGCGCCCAAUGAGCGACUCGAUGAAGAAAAGCACAACCACCGACCACAACAGAGCUGUUGGUCCCGUGAGAGUCGCGAGCCUAGGAAACCAACCGACUAUUCUCAUAAAUAACACAAUACCGCAAACUCCGGCAACGCAGAAUUCACGCUCAAUAUCCUCUCUAUCAACAGAACUUGAGAAGUCAGUAUCAGACUUCAUUGACAAUUGGUAUGAAGUUAUUCACGCGUCAGACAGACCGAUUCCCGUCACCAUGCCGGAGCCCAAACAGCCCAACGAGCAGCACCCUCAGUCACAAGGUGCUGUCAAGCUACCUCUGAUGGCCCCUUUGCCUCGAGGCCCCUUGCCAGAGGUCCCGAACCGACCUCCGACUCAACCUACGCCUCGUCCAUCCAGAGCAAGAAUGCUCAGCACUCUCCCACCCUCAUAUCAGCCCAAGGGUUACUACAAUCCAGAUCGGUGGAAGCCCCCUGAUCAGUGGAAACCCAAGCGGGGCAGUGUCGAAGAAGCUCCUAUUCCUGCCACGGAGGCGUCUCCAGUUGCCCAAGAAGUUCCUUUGGUCGUGCCAAAAAAGCGAGUCCGGCUACCAAAAGACACCGAGGCUGCUUACGCGGCGACUUUGAGAGUUCAGGCUCUGCAGAUGGAGUUGAAGAGAAUGGCCCAGGCAACUCCUGAGGUAGCCCUCGCACGUCUCAAGGAGAACUGGGGUACUGUUACAGAUCCCAUAGUCUACCAGCAGCUUGAGCAGGAAAAGAAGCGAUGGAUGCUGGCCUCCCUGUACGGGAUGGAACAGCAGAUCAGGGGCGGUGACAAUACAGCUGUCACUGUGGCCGGAGCGCAGCCAUUUGUCCAAGGUCCAGAUGUCUUGUCACUGUUCGAUUCUGACUCUACGACAUCCUAUCUCGCAGUCCUCCACCCGGAGACGAGUAUCAAGCACAUGAACUCAACUCCCAUUCCUCAUCUUCAGUACCCGAAUGUCCAGUCCUUUCCCUGGCCUGUCUCACCUUCACUUGCCCUGGAAGCGAACAAAUUCACCUCGGUGCAUUGUUUGUCCAUGCCCUCUUUGCUGGCAAGCCAAGAGAUUCCCCAGCUUCUCCAGAAGAUCUACCACUGUCUCGCCCCUCAAGGAGUGUUGCAUCUUGUGGUGAUAGAUCCAUCACCAGUAGCCCACUCUCUAGGACCACACAUGAGAGAAUGGCUGGAAGAACACCUGACUACCAGCCUCGAGGCCGAAUUUCGAUGCAUCACCCCCAGCAGAGUGUUUCCGAGAUGGCUGGAGGCAGCCAAGCUCGACGGCUUGAACAGUUUCACCACCAAGAACAAGUUCCAAGCCAUCCCGCCUUCCCAGUCGCGCCACGACAAUGGCAAGGGCAAGGCCAGAGCAAUGGAUCCUCACGACCAGGAGGCCAUGAUUAUGGGAGACCUCCGGAGCGUGGUUGGCAGGAUGCUGUGGCAGGACAUGUGGUCCAAGAAUGUGCGCGCAAAGGCCUGGUGGUGGGAGAUUACGGAAUGCGUCGAGGAGUGCAUUCAGCUUGGUACCUACUGGGAGUACUCCAUCAUCCAGGCAACCAAGAAUGGUGAAGACUGUAGCGGCAACUCUCACCGCAGUUCGUACUAA